GCACCCAGCCAAUCAGAGCACUUGCCACCUGCGACCGCGCUCUCCCCCCACCUCACCCGCAAAGCGGCACGAGCCAGAAUCUUCCAGUCUCAGGCUGUUUGUCCCCGCAGCGGGGCAAUGCGACUGCGCGCCCCGUCCUGAUUGGCCGAGAGUUGCGGGCUGCGUGCGCAGGCGCCUACCUCGGUUACUUAGGGCGGGAGCCCGGCGAGGGCGCCGGUGCUUUGUGUUGUCUGAGGCCGGGAAACCUGCCCGCGCUGCCAUGCCGAACCGCAAGGCCAGCCGGAAUGCUUAUUAUUUCUUCGUGCAGGAGAAGAUCCCCGAACUACGGCGACGAGGCCUGCCUGUGGCUCGCGUUGCUGAUGCCAUCCCCUACUGCUCCGCAGACUGGGCGAAACCUGUUUUCACACCACUGAGGAGGCCAGGCAUGCUUGUACCAAAGCAGAAUGUUUCACCUCCAGAUAUGUCAACUUUGUCUUUAAAAGGUGAUCAAGCUCUCCUUGGAGGAAUUUUUUAUUUUUUGAACAUUUUUAGCCAUGGCGAGCUACCUCCUCAUUGUGAACAGCGCUUCCUCCCUUGUGAAAUUGGCUGUGUUAAGUAUUCUCUCCAAGAAGGUAUUAUGGCAGAUUUUCACAGUUUUAUAAACCCUGGUGAAAUUCCACGAGGAUUUCGAUUUCAUUGUCAGGCUGCAAGUGAUUCUAGUCACAAGAUUCCUAUUUCAAAUUUUGAACGUGGACAUAACCAAGCAACUGUGUUACAAAACCUUUAUAGAUUUAUUCAUCCCAACCCAGGGAACUGGCCACCUAUCUACUGCAAGUCUGAUGAUAGAACAAGAGUCAACUGGUGUUUGAAGCACAUGGCAAAGGCGUCAGAAAUCAGGCAAGAUCUACAACUUCUCACUGUAGAGGACCUUGUAGUGGGGAUCUACCAACAAAAAUUUCUCAAGGAACCCUCUAAGACUUGGAUUCGAAGCCUCCUAGAUGUGGCCAUGUGGGAUUAUUCUAGCAACACAAGGUGCAAGUGGCAUGAAGAAAAUGAUAUUCUCUUCUGUGCUUUAGCUGUUUGCAAGAAGAUUGCGUACUGCAUCAGUAAUUCUCUGGCCACUCUCUUUGGAAUCCAGCUCACAGAGGCUCAUGUACCACUACAAGAUUAUGAGGCCAGCAAUAGUGUGACACCCAAAAUGGUUGUAUUGGAUGCAGGGCGUUACCAGAAGCUGAGGGUCGGGAGUUCAGGAUUCUCUCAUUUCAACUCUGCUGAUCAGGAACAAAGAUCAAACACACCCAUUGGUGACUACCCAUCUAGGGCGAAAACCUCUGGCCAAAACAGCAGCGUUCGGGGAAGAGGGAUUACCCGCUUACUAGAGAGCAUCUCCAAUUCCUCCAGCAAUAUCCACAAAUUCUCCAACUGUGACACUUCACUCUCAUCUUACAUGUCCCAAAAAGAUGGAUACAAAUCUUUCUCUUCCUUAUCUUAAUGAUGGUACUCUUUUCAAUUUCUGAAAACGGUAACAGGCCCAAGUUCCUUCUUACUACAGUCAUAUUAAACAGAUCACAUCAAUGAUAAAUGUCACUACUAUAAAAACUACUUAAUUUGUAAGGAAAUUGUUUCAUAGAUUUAAAAAAAUUGUGGUUGGAGAGCAUCUUGGCAUUUGUACUUUUUUUCUUGAGGGAUUGUUCUGCUUCCUGGCUGUAUGAUGGGUAUAUCAUUAAAGUUUUGAGUCCUAUACGAAAAAAACUGACAUUUUUAGAGUUGUACUUUUGGGAAUGUUAUAGAUUGAUAAUUAUUUCCCCUGAUAAUAAAGGUAUUGAAUGUCUGUUAUGAAAGGUUCUAAAA